UCGCGCCGUGCCCGCUGGGAGCCGUAGUUCCGCCGGCCUCGAGGCGGGGAAGGUGCCGCCGGCGGCGGGGCGGACUCCGUUUCCCAGCGUGCCCGCAGGGGGUGGCAUGGCGGCGGGAGGAUGACACCGGAGUUUGACGAAGAAGUGGUGUUUGAGAAUUCACCACUCUACGAGUAUCUGCAGGAUUUGGGACACACUGAUUUUGAAGUAUGUUCAUCUGUGUCACAGAAGGCGAAGCAAUGUGCAGUAGAGGAAGGCCAGAGAGAGAGGACUGUACAUACUGCCCAGAAACAAAGCAUCCUGUCAAAACUAGUUGAGUUCUUCAGAAGUUGGUUUCCCUUUCCACAGUAUAAGAAAAAUGAUGACAUACUUCACCGAUUGGAUGUUGGAUUUCGAUUUGACACUCUCCGUACCAUCCUGCAACAGGAAGUUCUGCUGCAGGAGGAUGUGGAACUGAUUGAGUUCCUUGACCCGAGUAUCCUGUCUGCAGGGCAGUGUAAGCAACAGGAAAAUGGACAGCUUCCAACACUACGCUCCCUAGCAACUCCUAAUAUUUGGGAUAUCUCACUGUUGUUUGCCUUUGUAAGUGCCCUGCUUGUGCUUCCGUCAUGGUGGAAGGAGUCAUCGUGGCUACCGUGGGGACUAGUUCUGCUUGUGUAUGCAGUCUUUCGAGUGUGGGCCACAUGGAGGACAGCCAAGCUACAAAUGUCCCUGCAAAAAUACUGUACCCAGCUGGAAGAAACAGUAGCAAAUAGUCGAGCUUUCACUAAUCUUGUGAGGAAAGCUCUACGGCUCAUUCAAGAGACUGAAGUAAUUUCCAGAGGAUUUACCCUUUUGCUUGACAGGGUCAGUGCCGCUUGCCCACUUAAUAAAGCUGGACAGCAUCCUAGUCAGCAUCUUAUUGGUCUCCGGAAAGCCGUCUAUCGAUCUGUCAGAGCCAACUUCCGAGCUUCAAGACUGGCUACUCUGUACAUGCUGAAAAACUACCCUCUGAACUCUGAGAGUGACAAUGUGACCAGCUACAUCUGUGUAGUCCCUUUUAAGGACCUGGGUCUGGGUCUGAGCGAAGAGCAGGUAUCUGAAGAGGAGGCACACAAUCUCACAGAUGGCUUCAGCUUGCCUGCACUCAAGGUUCUCUUUCAGCUCUGGGUAGGGCAGAGUUCGGAGUUCUUCAGGAGACUGGUACUGCUCCUCUCCCCAGCCAAUGCGUCCCCCAAGCCCUUGAUCUCCCCUGAACGGUUGCCUCAUCAUAUCUUGUCUGAUGUGACUCAAGGCCUACCUCAUACACAUGCUGCCUGCCUAGAGGAGCUCAAGAGAAGCUAUGAGUUCUAUCGGUACUUUGAAACUCAGCAUCAGUCAGGUUUUGAACGACCAACCAGAACAAAACAGAAGUCAAGAGAGUUGAACAGCCUUCAGACAGCAGUACGCAGCUUGCAGCUUCAUCUCAAGGCACUGCUGAAUGAGGUAAUAAUUCUUGAGGAUGAACUUGAAAAACUUGUUGGCACUAAGGAGACACCUGAACUAACAACAGAAGCCCACCAGGUUUUGGAACAAAAACUGAAGUUUAUUCAGCCUCAUAUGCAGGCAAGCAACAGCUGCUGGGAAGAAGCCAUUUCUCAGGUGGAGAAAAUGGGUGGAAGAAACCCAAAUAAAAAAGGCAAGCUUGAAGCUUCCUGUGAUAACCUACAGCGUACUUCAGUACCUUUAAUACAGCCUACUGUAUACAUAGAAGACAGAGAUCCCAUCCCUGAAGAACAGGAAUUGGAAGCCUAUGUUGAUUAUUCUGAUAUGGACAAUGAAUAUAAUAGGGAAGCUUUUGACUGCUUUUCCCAGGAAGAGAGAGAGAGACAAAAACGAGAGAGAGAGGAGUCUAAAAGGGUGUUACAAGAAUUGAAAUCUGUGCUGGGAUUUAAAGCUUCAGAAGUAGAAAGACAGAAAUGGAAACAACUCCUAUUCAGUGACCACGCUGCAGUGAAACCCUUGUCUCCUGUAGAGUCACUGAAGCUCCAAAAUAAUUUGGAAUCUCACAUGAAUUCAAAUACAGAAAAUCAGGACUGCAGCCAGAGUUGUGAUAAAUCUGAAGAAAGCGGCUCUAAUUCAGAAGUGAAUGCUGCUGGUAAAAGCAGGACAGAAUAUUUGUAUGAAGAUCCUGAGAUGGAGAGAAACAAAGACAGUCCCACUGAAGAAGGUAUUUCUACAGAGUCUGAAGAAAUAGUGUGCCGUGAAGGGGAAGCUGAGGAUCUCCAGCCAAGUGAUGCGGAUGGAAUAGAAGUUUCACAGCCUCCCUCCUUGGAUGCAUUGCAUUCAAAGAUAAAGCAUAGGCUGGCUCAGCUUCACAUAUCAACGGAUUUUAACUUCACAUCUGGUCUGGCUGCACAAGCUGCUGCCAGGUCUUUCUCUUUUACUACAAUGCAGGAACAGACUUUUGGAGAUGAUGAUGAGGAUGAAGAGGAGGAGAAGGAGGACGGGAAGGGGCAAGAACAUGAAGACCUGAUGGAAGACUUUGAGGAUGAAGGUAGUGGCUCUGAGAGAGAAGGAAAAGUACAAGUCUGAUCUGAACUUUUAAAAACCAUCAACAGACAGUUUGGUAGGAAAAAAAAAAAAAAAAACCCCACAACAAAACUGACGUGGGGCUUUAAAGUUAAAAAUGCUGAAUGGAAAAAAUAAUAAUAAUUGGGAGACCUAAAUGUAAUACGUCUUGUUCCCUAAGUCUGAGACACUAAAUGGGACUUCUGAGUAUGUGGAAAAUUUGCAGGUAAGACAACUUCAAGCUGCAAGCACUGAGCAGUUGGCUGUUGCCUUUUUAAGAUCUUAGCGAUGAGUUUUGGAGAUUACCUUUGUGUUUUCUGGUUUGUUUAUUUAUAUGAUGAAGUGUUGUUAUUGUUUUUCUAAAAAGAAUGGAAAACACUGUACUGAAUUACAACAGACUGUCUUCUGCUUUCUGAUUUUGUUGUUUUGGUAUCAAAUGUUAGUUCCAAUAAAAAAACGGCAUUUGUUUUGGAAGAA